CAGACCACUGGGCAAGCGUCCUAAGCAUCUAGAUAGACCGGUUUUAAGUGCCAGAGGUCGCGAGCUCGACCUAGGUCUAUCGUGCAAGAGACAUCUCGCUCACUUCGCACGCCGGACCUUACCGUCAUUGCCAGGUAGUUUCUAAUGGUUUAAAACUAGCGUCAGGCUGUUAGCUGUUUCAGUUCUUCGUCGCAAGACAGUGGAGACACUUAAGCAGAGUUAGCCAGACGUUUUUGUGUUGAAAUCAUUAGACAGACGGACAAGGAGGCGUAGACACCUUGCCCAAGGGGGAGGUACCUGAAGAAUAUAUCUCAAGAAGCCAAUCGGAAGGUACUACCACAGGAGACAAGAUGGCGAACAUCAUGGAUAAACUGUCCAGUCUGGAGGACGAGAAUCUGGAGCUGAAGAAGAAGCUUGUGAACCUCCUGAAGGACAUAGACGCCAACAAGUCUGAUAAAGACACGGAAACGCCGAGUUCUGAAGGGGAGGACAAGAGUCUUGCGACCACUCCUCCUGAGAAAGACGACAAGGCACCGGAGACAGACCCCGCCGACAAGGACGAAAAAGACCUCAAGACGGACGACCCAGAGCCGAAGAAAGACAGAGAGACCGAGCCAGAAAAGGAGGAGGACACUAAAGACGCCAAGGAUUUAAAGACCGACGAUCCGGCUCCAAAGGUGGAAAAGACACCUGAAACCUCUCCGGAGCCGCCUGAUGAUAAAGAAGUGGAAACAGAACCGCCUGCAACUGAGGACAAGGAGGACAAGAAUCCAGAGACAGAUGCUCCGGAAAAGAAACCAAGAGAGACGGAAACCGAACCGGAUCCCGAAACAGAGAAGGACGCCAAAGAUCUGGCCACAGACACGGAAGACAAGAAACAGAAGAACCCGGAAACCAACCCGCCUGAGACAGAGCCAAAGGACGUUUCUACAGAUCCACCCGAGUCAGAGAAGCCCCCCGACACCGACGCGAAGGAACUCGCAACCGACCCUGAAGACAAAAAGGAAAGAAACCCCGAGACCGAGAGUCCUGAGAAGGAACCAAAAGAGACGGCAACCGACCCGGGAGAAACCGACAAGAAGGAUCUCUCAACAGAUCCAGAAGAGAAAGACGUAAAGACACCACAGACAGAGCCGCCAUCGACGGAUGAGAAAGACACCGAAACCGACAGCGAUCCUAAGAACGAGAAGACGGCGUCAACAGAACCACCAGAGAGCUCUAACGUCGACACGGCGACCGAUCCUGAAGAAAAGGAUGCCAAGGCAACGGCGACAGAGCCUGCCGAUACCGACGAGAAAGACCUGGGCACAGAGAAGGACACUCCAGACAACAAGGACGUCGCUACCACCAGCGACCCAAAGGAUGCGAAGGACCUUGGAACAGAGUUAGUAGAAAAGGUACCAAAAACUACCGAACCUGAGGUUGAAGAAAAACCAAACAAACUGACCGCUACUGACCAGGAAGAAAAGGACGACAAGUCGCCACAAACAGAGACGCCUGAAACUCUUCCCAAAGAAACGGCCACAGUUGAAGACGAAAAAGACGCAAAGGCACUAGGGACUGACAAGGAGGAGAAAGAAGACAAGGCACCUGAGACGGAGGCACCUCCGGAUCCGGUUCCGAAAGAAACAGAAACGGAAGUACCUGAAGCUUUACCGAAGGAGACGGCGACUGAUCCAGAAGAGACAGACAACAAGAGCUUCGGUACCGACCCGGAGAAAACCGACGUGAAGGAUUUGGGUACAGAAAAGGAGGAUAAAGAAGAUAAAACUCCACAGACAGAAGUUGCUGUUGUGGUACCCAAGGAAACUGAAACUGAGGAAGAAAGUAAAGAGCCUAAGAGCAUUGAAACUAUAUCAGAAGAAAAGGUGCCCAAAGCUACAGAGCCUGAGGUUGAAGAGAAGCCUGUCAAAAUGACGGCUACUGACCAGGAAGAAAAGGACGACAAGUCGCCACAAACAGAGACGCCUGAAACUCUUCCCAAAGAAACGGCCACAGUGGAAGACGUAAAAGAUGCCAAGGCAGUCGGAACUGACAAGGAGGAGAAAGAAGACAAAGCGCCUGAGACGGAGGCACCUCCGGAUCCGGUCUCUAAGGAAACGGAAACGGAAGUUCCGGAGGUCAUUCCUAAGCAAACAGCGACAGAUCCGGAAGUGACAGACGACAAGGCUUUCGCCACCGACCCGGAGAAAACCGACAAGAAAGAUGUGGGUACAGUGAAGGAAGAAAAAGAGGAAAAGACUCCACAAACCGAGAAAGAAAGCAAAGAGCCCAAAAGUAUUGGCACGGUAGCUGAAGAGAGGCUAUCGAAAACAACUGAACCUGAGGUUGAGGAAAAGCCUGACAAACUGACCGCUACUGACCAGGAAGAAAAGGACGACAAGUCGCCACAAACAGAGACGCCCGAAACUGUUCCCAAAGAAACGGCCACAGUGGAAGACAAAAAGGACGCCAAGGCAGUCGGAACUGACAAGGAAGAGAAAGAAGACAAAGCGCCAGAGACGGAGGCACCUCCGGAUCCGGUUCCUAAAGAAACGGAAACGGAAGUUCCGGAGGUCAUUCCCAAGCAAACAGCAACUGAUCCGGAAGAGACAGACGACAAGGCUUUCGCCACCGAUCAGGAAAAGACAGACGAAAAGGAUGUGGGUACAGUAAAGGAAGAGAAAGAAGAAAAAACUCCACAAACUGAGGAAGAAAGCAAAGAGCCCAAAAGUAUUGGAACGGUAGCUGAAGAAAGGCUAUCGAAAACAACAGAGCCUGAGGUUGAGGAGAAGCCUGACAAACUGACCGCUACUGACCAGGAAGAAAAGGACGACAAGUCGCCACAAACAGAGACGCCUGAAACUCUUCCCAAAGAAACGGCCACAGUGGAAGACGAAAAAGACGCCAAGGCAGUCGGAACCGACAAGGAGGAGAAGGAAGACAAAGCGCCUGAAACGGAGGCACCUCCGGAUCCGGUUCCUAAAGAAACGGAAACGGAAGUUCCGGAGGUCAUUCCCAAGCAAACAGCGACGGAUCCGGAAGAGACAGACAACAAGGCUUUCGGCACUGAUCCGGAAAAGACAGACGAAAAAGACGUAGGUACUGAGAAAGAAGCGAAGGAAGAUAAAACGCCACAAACUGAUAUUCCAGUUGUGGUACCCAAGGAAACGGAGACAGAGGAAGACGCUAAAGAACCGAAAAGUAUCGGCACUGUCAGUGAAGAAAAGGUACCUAAAACAACUGAACCUGAUGUUGAAGAGAAGCCUGACAAACUUACAGCUACUGACCAGGAAGAAAAGGACGACAAGUCGCCACAAACAGAGACGCCCGAAACUGUUCCCAAAGAAACGGCCACAGUGGAAGACGUAAAAGACGCCAAGGCAGUCGGAACCGACAAGGAGGAGAAGGCAGACAAAGCACCUGAGACGGAGGCACCUCCGGAUCCGGUUCCUAAAGAAACGGAAACGGAAGUUCCGGAGGUCAUUCCCAAGCAAACAGCAACAGAUCCUGAGGAGACAGACGACAAGGCUUUCGGCACUGAUCCAGAGAAGACGGAUGAAAAAGACCUGGGUACAGAGAAGGAAGAAAAAGAAGACAAGACACCAGAGACCGAUGUUCCUGUCGUAUUGCCCAAAGAGACAGAGACAGAAGAGGACCCAAAAGAACCCAAAAGUGUUGCCACAACUCCCGAAGAGAAGGCAUCGAAGACGACCGAACCUGAAGUUGAAGAAAAACCCGACAAGGUGGCCGCUACCGACGAGGUAGAAAAAGACGCCAAAAUGCUCGGGACGGAUCCGGAAACUAAAGAGGAGGCUGAAUUUCAGACCGAUGCAGCGCCUGCUCCGAUUCCGAAACAAACGGAAACUGAACCAGAAGAAAGCGACAGUAAGCAGACGGAAACCGAGGCGGAUGAGACGGACGGCAAGACACUCGGUACAGACAAGGAAGAGAAGGACACCAAGGAUUCGGCAACAGUAGCUCCUAUCAUCGUACCAAAAGAAACGGAAACAGAGGUGGAGGAAAAAGAAGGAAAGGAAACAGGAACAGAUCCGAUUCCACAAGAAGAUAAGGGAACUGCGAUGGAGAUACAGACGGAUGAGAAGGUCACUGCUACCGACAAGGAGGAUAAAAAUGAAAAGUUAGAAGAAACAGAGAAAGAAGAGAAAGAUGUGAAGUAUCUCGAAACGGAUCUGGAUGAAGUGAUGAAGAAAGACCUGGCAACGGUUGAAGAGGAAGUUGUCGAGAAAGGCUUAGAAACGGACAAAACAGAAACCGAAAGCGUCGGCACUGCUACUGAGGUGGAGGAGAAAGUGGCUAAGGUGAAGGAAACUGAUAAGACGAAGACUGAGGAAGUAGGGACCAUUACAGAGAAGGAAGAGAAAGUGGCGAAGGAGGAGGAGACAGAUGCACCGGAGAAGGAGGCAAAAGUCAGUGCUACAGAGAAGGUGGAAAGCCUUCUGAAGGAGAUCAUGGUCGAAAAGGAAAUACAGGAUAACAGCACACAGACGAUUGAGGAACUGUUGGACAAAUCCAUUGAAACACUUGAAGAAGAAAAGGAUGAGAAGGCAUAUGCCACCGAUGUUGAGGAGAAAGAGCCCAAGACAACGGAGACUGACAAAGAGGAGAAAGCGGCAAAGCAAAUCAGUGUGAAGAUCGAAGUGGUAAAGGUUGAUCAAGGCACCAGCAUGGAGUUUGUCGAGGAGGAGAAAUGCAUCGCAACCGAUGAAGAGGAGAAGGGAACGACCGUCGCGUAUCAGACAGACGCAGAUGCAAAAGAAGAGAAGAAUCUAGUUACCGAGGAAGAAGAGGUCGUACAGAAACACAUCGACACCGAUCAAGUGACCACAGCAGACGCAGAGAACAUCACAGAUGCUUCUUUCAAGGAAGACAAGAGCCUGGCUACCAUAAUCUUCGUAGGAACGAGCCAAGGCACACAGACGGAGAAAGACGUAACGGAUAAGACCAUCGGUAUCGUGAGAGAUUUGCAGAACAAGCAGCACGGAACAGACGUCACUGCUGUCAGCGCGGGAGAGACACAGACGGAGGCUCUGGGAGUAGGGAUGGUCUCGUCUGAAACUCAGACUGAGAAGGUGGAGAGAUUGAGCAAGGAAAUCGGCACCACGAAAGCCGACAAGAAGCCCGUAAAAACCAUGGCAACAGACAAGGUUGCAAUGCAGGACAGUGGCACUCAGAAGUCAGGACCUCACAUGGAUCCCAAAAGUACCCAGACUGAAGCUGAAAAGAAGGAGGAAGCCAAAGCAGUGGACUACGUCCGGGUAGGCAAGACGCUCCAGACUGACAUCAUCAAGAAGGUUGGCAAGAAGACCGGUACUCCAGGCGGCAGGCCACGUGAUUACGCUAACACUCUGGUACAGACAGACGAGUGGAUGCCUGAAUUUAAAGAAGAGGAAAGAAUCGAAGAGAAGGAAGACGCUGCAGCGGUCAAGCCAGCCGGACCAGUGCGCCAGACAGACGAAAAGAUAAUCGAGACCGACAAACCGAUCAAGCUGAGCAAGAAAACAGGCACCAAACAUAGUCGAGCAUAUCUGGAGUACAGAAGCAGCGGUAUCCAAACCGACCAGGAGGCUGUUGAAGAAAAGGAAGUAAAGGAAUUGACAAAUACCGGCAUUCAAACAGACGCCAUGAAAGAAGAGGUAAACGAAGAAACAGCAAAGCCCGUCACUGUCACCUUAACUGUUGGGUGCCAGACAGAUGCUGUGGAGGAGAAGGAAGUGGUUAAGCCGGUUACCAUAGAAGAGGCUGGUGAAACCAAGGCACCAAUAGCACCUGUCGUCGUCACUGUCACCGUUGGCUGUCAGACAGAUAAAGAAGAAGAGAAAGAGAUUGUCGCCCCGGUGGUUCCAGAACCGGUCGAGACCAAGACGACAGUCACGUUCGACAUGUUGAUCCAGACCGACCUGACCGUGGCUGAGUUGGACACCUGGAGGGUCCAGGUCAAGAUGGACGUCAUGCAAGUCCAGACAGACCUCUCAGGCUCUGACAUCGACGCCUGGCAGUCCCACGAGUGCGCGCAGAUCGUGCAGGAGGAGAAGGCGGUCAUGAGGAGCGCUGGAUCACAGACCAUGGGCAAGGCCAUGAGGAACACAAACAUGGGGACCGUCAUUGAGGGGAUCUUCAACGAGCUGGUUCAGCUCAACGCCGGUCAGAUCGUGACGGACAGGAAAGUGACGGCAAACAUGGCCGUACAGUUCUCACCGAGGACGGAGAACAUGGGCGUGCAGUUUAAACCCAAACAGGACUCUGCUGGAACCCAGACCAGAGUCGACAAGACCAUAUACCGCAGUCUGGAGACGCUGAAGGACAGGAAGAGGUACCGGAGUAUGGAGACCCUCAAGCGGGAGAAGAACAAAGAAAACAUCCAGCCUAAACCUGUUUCCCCGGGUGGUAAAGGACAAAUCACCCAAACGACACAACAGAUUUACGAGCCCGACUCUUUUGAAGAAGAACGCUGGGAGGAGCCGACGCCACCGAAGCGUCCCUCCCCUCCCAGACACCAGGAGAUCCUGGUUCAGAAGCCCGCCAAGGAGAAACAGUACUGCUCCGGCUGUCACAACGAGUUCGACAUCAACGACAAACUCAUCAACUACAACGGCUACUACUACCACGAGAUCUGCAUCCCGAGGAAGACAGCUCAUCACUGCCCUGCCUGCGACGAACCUCUGCAAAAUGACGAGAAGAGAAUCUACCACAAUGGCCAGCUCUACCACGACAGAUGCAUGGUCCUGGUUGAGAUCACAGAGACUACAGUAGAGAAGGGAGUGGAAGUCUGUGCCGGAUGCUCUCUUCCGAUCAAGGAAGACGAAACCACUGUCAUGUACAAUGGCAACGAGUUCCACCAAUCAUGCCUACGAAGGCCUGUCGUAAUCGGUCGGUGCGCAGGGUGCGAAAGACCUCUCUCCGAUGAGGACAGAGCAGUAGUACACGACGGAGUAGCGUACCACGAGGGGUGUCUAAAACCUACUACAGUGAUGAAGAUGUGUGAUGCAUGCGAUCGACCAAUCAGUGAACUCGAAAAAGUCAUGUGGGAGGAUGGGCGACCCUUCCAUGCCAGAUGCUCCCAGCCGCGGCGAGAACUGAUCAUGAAGGACCUCUGCGGCGCCUGUAAGCUCCCGAUGGUUGACCCGGAGCGCAUCAUUAGCUACAAUGGCGUGGACAUCCACGACGAAUGCAUCCCAUUGCUGCGACAAAUAAUAACUGGAGAGGAACAUGGACAGCGACCUGUCAGCCCCAGUCAGUAUCCAAACUGCCAGAUAUGCGGAGCCCAGCUUGGACCAGACGCAGUAGAGUUGAACGGAAAGGGUUACUGUCCCAAAUGUUACCCCAUGGUCCAGUAUCCAGUCUGCAACGGCUGUGGGGAGGAGAUAACAGGUCCGUCUGUGACUGGAAUGAACAGGAAGUGGCAUCCCGAGCACUUCAGCUGCUCCGUCUGCGGGGUACCGUUUGAGCAGCUGAACCGGGUUUACUACGAGUACAACGGACGGGCCUACUGCAAACGCCACUAUGAUGAGAUGUACGAGAUAUGUUACUACUGCGACCGGCCGGUAGAGGGAGAAACCGUUGGUGCUUUUAACAAGUUCUGGUGCGAAGACCACUUCAAGUGUUCGUUCUGUGAUACCCCGUUCUCUCUGCAGUCGAAGUUCUACGAGGUUGACCUGCGCCCUGCCUGUAAGAGGUGCUACGGAUCGGUUCCUCGAAAGAAACACCGCAAGACGAAGCUACCGGCCUUCCAAGACACCUUCAACAUCUGGCAGAGCGGGAGUGAGACCGAGUGAGACCUAGAGAUUCACCGCCCCAUGAUCUCAGUUGAAAGCAACCAACAGGCUGACGUGAGAUUGUCAUGAAAGAAGGCUCAAGCAUACAAAUGUCAUGACAAUCUUUACUCAAAGUAAACCGUGAUUGUUUUGAAUGAAGGCUAAAAAUAUAAUGACUCUUUACCCAAAGUAAACCAAGAUGUUCAUUCUUUCAACCAACCUGUUAAAUCUCGAUAGAUUUCAUCAUUUUUCAAACAUCUAGCAAUCGCACACAGUACAAAAUCCAUCAAAGCUAUUAAUAUAUACUUACAAAGACGUAACAAUACAUGCGCAUACAAUCACUCUGUCCUCAGAACGCUAUGUAGUUACAAAUGCAUAUUAGGUGAGGAUGAAGCAAGUUGUUUUCUUUUUAAUUUGUUUUUAUUUUUUGCUAACAUUUUUGUACGGGCUUUCGGUAUUGUGAUUAUUUUGCUAUGUCUGGUUUUGGAUAGAAAGGACAAACGAGUAAGCUUAAGUAUAUUGUAUGAUAGCAUACGUGUAUGUAUAAGCAUGUUGUCGUUUUUGUGCUAUACUAGUAGGUAUAUGCUAAAUGAAUUCAUGGUUGCCUAACAUAUUAAAAAGGCACGUAAACCCUCACAUUGUACCCAACACAUACUUAACUAGUUUUGGCUCUCUUUCUGUGGCUCUCUAUAUAUUUGUGGCUGUUGGAUAUUAGUUUAGUGUUAGUCAUUUUAAACUACUGUUACAGUCAACAUUGUUAGCCUUAUUUAUCAAUGACCAUUGACUACUUUUGUCUGGGAAAAGCAACAAUAAUUUAGAUAC